AUGCUUUCCACAAUGGUUCGACCGGAGGAUGCGAUAAGAAUGCCUCGUGCAUACCGUGGCGACGCCGACGAGGAUGACAGAAACAGGCGAACCCCGGAGCAGAACGGCCCAUCCUCUUCCUCUUCGUCCUUGAACAGCGAGGGUCCAACCAGCCAGGACGACGAGUCGACGAUAGUUGCUGGGCCUGCGGGAGAUGGCAACAAUGGUCAGAACGGUUCUCACUUCGGCCCGCGAACCCUGUCGCCGGACGAAACCAUCGAACUUGCCCGACGCGCAGUGGAAAAUGGAAUCCAGGAAACAAAGCGCUCUUUGGCCGGAAGCGAAGCAGUCCGGGAUGUAGUCAAACCGAAAUUGACUAUCGACUUGGGUCACUCCAAUAUCUCGCGUAUUCCCGAAGCCGUGGUGGACGCUAUCAAAGACGAAGUUGAAAGGCUUUCUCUCUCAAACAAUCAAUUAUUCCACAUCCCCUAUCGCUUCGCGGAAUGCUCCCACCUGCGAUACCUUAACAUCCGCUCCAACAAUUUCCGCGAAUUUCCCAAAGGAGUGUACAAAUUGCCGUUUCUCGAAAUUCUGGAUCUCAGUCGAAACAAAAUUAGCCAUCUACCAGAAGAAAUUAAACGAUUGAGCUCCCUACGAGUUCUGUCGGUGAUGUCAAAUCGCCUUGAUGACCUACCUCUCGGAGUUUCCGAUAUGAACAAACUUCAAAUCCUGAAAGUGGCUGGAAAUCCCUUGCGCUAUCCUCUGCGACGACUGCUUGAGACCUCGGAGACCGAAAUUGGCCCUUCCACCAUCACCGACAACGAAAAGGAGGUAGCGGUUACUGCCGAACUCAAAAAGUUCCUGAAGACCAAACAGCCUGUUGCGAUGCCGGAGAACGAAUCUCGCCUGGACAUGAGCGAGAUUGUGCUGGACACCCCUAAACCUGUCAAACGUGGCAUGAGUAGUCGUUUCCCUGUGAUCCCGAGUACGGGAGACGCCUCGUCGGAUCCCAAGUCGCCAUCCUUAUCGCGACCUCCGCCGAUCCCUCUCAAAUCCCACUAUCGCAGACAGAGUUCCAUCUUUCAGAGUGGCGUGCUUCAGCGACCUAUUGCAACGCUAAAUGAACGCAACCGAAGUAACAGCGAAGGCAUCAUCCAGUCAUCCUCCUACGCCGCGCGAAAUAAACGGAUGGGGGUCAUCAACCGCAAGAAUACCGAUCUAGGGACCUUGGAUGAGACGCGACCUUAUCGAAACAGCCAUUUGCGAGGUUUAAGCUAUGGAUCGAUCCUUCGGCCAAGAGCGACGGGCGCCGCGGGCGGCAGUAAUUCGUCCAGUCCGAGUAGUCCCAGAGAACGCCGACGCCUGAAAGAUGGCUUCGUCAAUCGGAUGUCGAGCUUGCCGGAACAAAAGGGCGAGAGGGAUGCAGGCGAGCCUGUCCUCGAGAGUGCCAAAGGAAUUUUAUUCGCCCUGUUCCAGGUCCAGUCUCAUGUUUCCGCCCUGAUCAACGUUAUCAAACGAGACGACGCUCGACGCAACAGUCUCGAAAUUGUAUUCUACAACGCUUCCACCCAUGUCGACCGGCUCAACGAAGCGCUGGAAAGUGCGGAGAAGUCUCGACCUGGUGAUGCGGAAUCGAAGCGGCUGUCGAAGGAGACCGUCAAAAGGGAGUGCGAAACGUGUGUCAUGGCAUACACUCACGUUGCAACGCAAUUGCGCAACAGCCUCGAUAAGAUCGUGGCCAAUGGAGACUCGCGCUACGUACGUUCGCUGAUGCUCAUGAUAUAUGGCAGCGCGAUUGAAUUACGGAAUGCUUGCGUGAGCCUCGGAAUCCCCAUAGCUCGUAAACAGCCACCGGCUGCCACCAAACCGCCCAUACCCGCAAUACACAAGGAAUCUGUGAGCUCCGACCGGUUCCCUGGCCCAACCGUAACACCAACGAGAGGAAGGGCACCAUCGUUUGUGAUUCGGCGGUUUAGGAGCGAUACUACUAUCCAGCACCCUCAGAUCACCACGACUGGACCCUUGCCUGCAGCCGCCCACUUCCAGUCCGCGGUCAGCUCACCAGGCCUGACAUCCACCCCAUUCAGCUUUGGGACACGAAGCCGGUCGAGCAGUCGCUCGAAUCACAUCAACACAUCAGUGCCAUCUUCCCUGGCAACCCCUCGCUCCGGGGAAUCGUUCCCCCAGAUGCCGAACUCUGUUAUACCCCGUAUCAAUCCUCUGACCGGUCUGGAUGAAAUCGAAGAGGAGCGCAUUUUCGAACGCAUAUUCCACCAACUCACUUCUGCGUACACCGCUGCGCUUCAGGCUUUGCCGUUGGCGCGCCGGCAGUUUGUGCGAUGCCUAGAGGUGGCAGAGCAAUCUCGUGAAUCCGAAGGCAUUCAACUUCUUUGGAACAACCUCAUUCGCCGCUGCCGGGUGUGCUUGGAAGUCUCCGACAUGCUCGGGCAGCGGCUCUCUACCAUGAAAAUCAAAGAGCCGGGCGGAGGAAUGCGUAACCAGCGCGAGUUCUGGCAACUCUGCAAAGGGUUCAUGCAAUCGUUCGUUGACCUAGUCACCGACAUGCGGGAAGUCCGAAGUAUGCAUCUGCUACCUUCGGAAAUUAUCAUCCUUCUGCGACCGGUUCAGAGGGCAAGUAGAGAGGCAGGUCGUUUGAUCGAGGCUUCUCCGUGGUCAUAUCUCGCCGACAUGGCUUCGGCUAAUCCCGCAAACAUAUACGGCCCCCCCUUGCAAUCCCAACAUUCGCAACAUCCAGGAUCCGUGUCCACCGCGAACUCCUUUCACAUCAGUUCGAGCUUGUCAGCACACUCCACUGCUCUUCCUGCGACACCCCUGAGCGCUGCCCUGGGUCCCGCCGCACAGGCGACAGUGCCAUCUACCCCUGCAAGUGCAUACAGCGACAAGUUCUUCGAGGGCGACGUCUUCCAGCGAGCCGAUUCCCUGCUCUCCAUGCCGAGCCAAACCCCUUUUUUCCGCCGGUGA